AUGAAGCGCCGGAAAGUGGCCAAAGAGCUGCAGGAGACGGUGCAGACGGUGCAGAGGGCCGAGGGCGAGGGCGCUGAGGCGUGUGAGCCGCCCUCAGGUCGAGCGAAGAAGAAGGCGAAACCGACAAAAGCGAAGCGCGCAGGGAAGGUGAAGACCACGCCACCGAAGUCGACCAAGGACGCUGCGGAGGCCUUCUGGCCAGAGGUGAUCCAAGUGCUGGAUGACUUGGCCGAUCCCAACGCCAGAGGAACGCUGUCAGAUCGUUUGAACCCAUCACACCCGCGCUUUGACAAAAAGCUGAAAGCAAGUUGGAAAGGCUUUUCCAAGAAGGAGAGAGCCGCUAUUGUUGACUGUGACCAAAAGAAGAUGAAGGCAACAGUCAGUGCGACUGUAUCCAUUGAGCACCCCUUUGAUGUGAAUGACGAUGACCACUGCGAGACGUCAUUGGAAGCUUAUCGUGAUGUGGUGCCCAUUUUGCACCAUUUUGCUUCACUGCUAAGUCGCUUGGACGAAGAUGAGGAACAUGUUGAAUAUUCUCAAGCCAUUCUGGUGCUGGGGAAGUUGCUCUUGCAGAGCUUUUCUUUGAUCCUACACACGACCCUUCAAGGCAAAAGCCCUAAGAAGCUGCGCAUCUAUGACCCGUUCUUUUGUGCGGGUAGUGUGGUGAAGCACCUUGCUGAGCUGGGCUUCCCCAAAGUUUACAACAAGUGCGAGGAGACAACUGGCAUUCAGGGCACGAGGGUUUUGGGUUUUCUUCUAUUCCUGUCCUCGACCACUUUUUGCUCGGACAAGAAAGCGAGUCCUCAAGAACAUUUUGCUCGGACAAGAAAGCGAGUUCGAGAAGCUCAGACAUACUAUCUAUCAUUAUCUAUAUAUAAGAUUAUAUAA